AUGGAUCCAAGGACUACGAAGCCAGAUUUCGAUAUUCUCAAAGUGGAUUUUGAAUGGGUAGAAAAAACAGACAAACCAAAAGAGCUUCAAAAAGCUCUUAAAGCUUUAAAGCAAGAAGGCGGGUUUGAAGCCCUGGAAAAUGCUAUCCAGGCAAAACUUGAAUCUUUAGAUCCAAAAUUGUAACUUUUACAUAGCAAAAAGCCAACUAAUGAAGCCUCAUCAGAAGAGAUGAAGAAGCUCUCAGAAGAUCUUGAAGAGUGAAUGGAAGAAUUAAAGAAAAAAGAAGAAGAGCUCUCCAAGGCUGAAACUCAAACAAAACAGAUUAAUAUGCAAAAAGCCGAAGAAGAAAAAAGCAAAGGAAAUGAUUAUACCCGCUCAAAAGAAUUUGAAUUAGCUAUAGAGUGCUACAAUCGUGCAGAAGCUUUAGACCCCAGCAAUGCCGCAAUCUAUUGCAACCGAGCUUUAGCAGGCUUAAAGCUAAAAAGAUAUCAAAAAGUAGUGGAUGACUGCAACAAAGCUAUUAAGCUGGAUCCUAAUUAUGUUAAAGCUUAUAACAGAAGAGGAAAAGCAUAUAUUGAAUUAAAAGAAUACAUUACAUUAAAUUUAUAUUGUUUAACGUCCACUACGGGGUAGCAUGGACCUCUGGAUCGAUCCACUUCGUUGCACCAGGAUAUGGGCAGAUACAGCGUUCUGGCUUCGACGGACUGCGUUGCCUCGCUCCUUUGACUCAGCUCCUGCGCGUGUUCAUCCUAAGGGUCACCCUCCUCGGCUGUGCUGAGAGGUAAAACUUUGAGCCUCUUGAAGUACUUGGAGCAGUGCUUCAGACUUAUCCGCCAGAGUUAAACUGCUGUUGCUGUACAGAAGUUCUCAGAAGAAAACCCAACCUCAUAAAUAAAAAUUCCAUGAGGGAGAGAAAAUUAGCGGAGCUAAUUUCGCUCGAACCGAUUGCCAUUUUAUUUAUGAAAUAAAAGAAUAUAGAGAAGCUUUAAAAGAUUUCGAAUUUAUAGUUGAAAAAGAACCAGAAAAUGCUGAAGCCAAUGCUGAUUUAAAAAAAUGCAGAGAUGAAGUUAAUAAAACAGGAGGGUUUAAAAGAAUCCAAAUAGUUGAAGAGGAAGAAGAAGAAAAUGAGGAGCAAAAAGAAAGUGAUCAAAAAAAUAAUCAGGAAGAAAUAAAAGAACAGCCAUUAGCUGAUAAACUGCUUGAUACUGGUAGUGAGUCUUCACAAAUACUUUCUAGGACCCAAGAACUGAAACUGCAAGGCAAUGAGUACUAUACCCAAGGAAAAUAUGGCAAAGCUAUAGACACCUAUUUAUCAGCCGCAAAUGAACUUAUAGAUUUAACAAAAGAAAACUCCAGCUUGCUAGCUAAUGAAAAAGCAGCACUAUACAAUAAUAUCGCAGCAAGCUAUAUGCAGCAAGGCGAUGAUGAUAAAACAAUUGAAUAUUCUUCUUUAGCUUUGGAGCAAUCUCCAAUUGAUAAUAUUGCGAAAUCUAAAGCUUAUUUAAGAAGAGGUUUAGCCUAUGAGAAAAAAGAACAAAUUUUAAAAGCACGCGCAGAUAUGAUCUGUGUUAAAGAGCUUGACCCUAGCAAUAUUCAAGCAAGCAAAGCACUUCAGCGAUAUGCAGGUCAAAUGGCUAACGAUAAAGAAGCAGAAGUCUUGAAAGAUUUGCAAACACUUGAAGGGCUUAUUCAACAAAUAGAAAAGCUUAAAGAGGCUGGAAAUUUAUAUUUCAAACAAGAAAAAUUUGAUGAAGCAAUUCUUGAAUUUUCUACUGGAAUUGAAAAAAUCGAAGUCAAUAUCAGUAAAGAGGCACAGCUUAAAGAUGCUAGAGUAACUUCCUUGAUUAUUCAGCUGCAUAACAACAGGGCUCUUGCUUACCUUAAACUUGACUGCAAUAAAGAAGUCAUCAAAGACUGUGAAAAAGUGCUUGAAGUUGACCCAGGGAAUGUAAAAUCUCUUUAUAGGCUAGCUAAAGCUGAAGGAAACACAGGACUGUUUAAAAAUGCCGCAAAACAUAUGAAAAUGGUCACAGAAAUCGAACCAUCUAAUUUAGUAGCCAAAAAAGAGUUCGAUAAUUUGAUGAAAUCUGCUAUCGAAGCUGAAAAAAUAGCAAAAGAAAAUGAAGAAGAAAAAGAGGGAAAAAAGGUUGAUGAAAGCCCAAGACAUGUCGGGUUUAGUGGAGUCGCAGAAGAAAUCAAGACUCCUACAGAGAUAAAUCCUAGGGAAAUAAAAAUGCCUCCUGCAGAGAAAAAAUUGCCAAAACCAAAAGCGACGACAUUUUCAGAAGAAACAAUCUCACAAGCAAAGAAGCAAGCUUUUGAGCAGCUAGGAUCUUUCGAAUCCCCAAAAAACUCGACUUCUUUUGAGGUAACUAUAAACUCCUUCAAGAACAACCCUCAGCAACUUUAUGAAUUUAUCCAUGUAAGAAAUAUUUAGAAUCUUUCUCCACAAAACAUAAGUGACCUUUUCAAAAACAAUCAAAUGUCCCCAGAAGUCUUUUCAACUAUAAUCAAAUCCAUCAAUACACUUACUGAGCUCGAUUCUGACUGGAUUUCUGGAUUUUUAAUAGAGUUAUUGUCAACUAGUCGUAUAAACACAACAAUUAAAUUUUUAUCAAAAUCAGAAAAAGCUACAAUUAGAGAACUUGUUUCAAAAGCAAGUUUAGACGAAGAGAAAACAAAAAUUAUAUUUUCCUCUUAUAAUCUCUAA